UGCUUUCUACUUAAAGACAGACAGACUAUAAAAUACAAUUACAAAUAUCGAAUCAAUGAAACCGACAACCAGGCAAAGAGUUAUAGUAAGCUGUAGGUCCCCGGGCGUGGCCAUUGUGAUCGUAAAAGGCAGUCUAGAAGGGACAAUUUUUCACACAACACAAUCUGAUUAAAUUGUCUGAUCAAAUCAGGUUUAGUGGACGCAAAAAAGAAAUUAGCUUUCCGUUUCCGAUCACAGUUGAUUCUAUCAAACAGAGGCGCGGACGCAAGAAUGCAUUUUUUUCUACAGUAGUUUGCGCGUUUGAGGGUAUUUUAUUUAUUUCGAGCGCUCAAAUGUCAUCAUAAAUCUAAAAUAGAUGAUUAAAUUGUGUACGUGUGGACGCUAGAAAAUUUUGACGCCAAGCUUGUUCGUUUCUGAAUCAAAUUGGAACUUGAUCAUCCCGUCUGGACGGGCCUUAAAAACAAAACUUCACGGUAUCCAUCAAACUGGCAUCCAAAGAGCAUAUAAUCACUACGUUUUACUGGCAUCUACGAAAAAAAGCCGACCGGCAUCAGUCAGUGUCACUUCAUCAAGUAUAAUAAUAUUUAUGUAUGAUGAGUUAAAUUCAAUGCUAUUUUCAAUUGAGGGUAUACUAUUUUCUAUUAUUAAUAUUGAAAGCAUUGAGUUAUAAUUAUUGUUCAAUGACUGAAAGCUGAGGAAUUCUGUCGAAAAAGCGUGGAUAGCACUGUAACCAAUAAAAAUGGCUGCCUCUCUGUCUCUGGCAGACUUAAUGCAGAAACUUAGUACUGUACAAUAUUCCAUCGGCUCACAACAUUGGGUGAAUGUAACACACAUAACUGAUCCUGGCAACUUUUAUGUUCGUCCAACAGCUUUCAGAGAUUAUUUACCUAUUUUAAAACAACACCAAGGACCUGCUGAUCCAACAAAGCUUCAAUUAGGUAGCACUGUUGUGUUUAAAUCGAAAACAAUUAAACAUCAUGUUAGAGGACAAAUCAGGAACAUAACAAAUGAGAAUGAAACAACUCUAUAUGACUUAUUCUCUCUAGAUUACGGUAUUACAGAGCAAGCUGUUGAUAUAAAAAAAUUGAGGAAGCCUCUAGACGAAUGCCCGGUGCCAUCUCUCGUCUUACAUUGUCAACUAGCAGAUUGUCAACCAAAAAACAAUAAUUCUUUUGAUGAAGAAGCGAUUGAAGCUAUGGUCUACUAUGUUGGUGACGAAAGAGCUAAGAUGAUAGUCCAAGGAAAAACUGGAGACAAAUACAUAGUGCAACUGAUCAAUACAUGUCCUGAAGACAUUGCAACUAUGUUGGCAUUAACGGAUUACACUUGUCUCGGUUACGGGAACAAUGUUGUAAGCCGAAUGCCUGUCAUGGACCAACCAAAACUAUACUAUACAUACAAAAAAGUUAAAGUAGGAGAUACGUUAAAUGUCAGAGUACAAUCUGGGGAUUCCUUAAAGAGUUUUUAUGUUUGUGAAAUUGAAGAUCAUACCCAAUAUAUCAAAGAGUUGAAAAAUGUGAAAGAAUACUAUCAUUAUGAGCAGGACUUUCUUGCAGGGAACUUCGAGCGUGGUAAUGCUGUAGCUGUUUUUUCCGACUGGUAUUCUAGGUAUGAGCGAGCGGUUAUAACAGAUGUUAUCAUUCCAGAGAAAAAAGCUGUUGCUCAGCUUGUUGACUGGGGUAUUAAGACCAACAUCUACACGGAUGCAACAAGACUCAAAAGAAUGUCUAAAGAAUAUUAUUUUUUGAGACCGGCAAUGGCCAUCUAUUGCACGGCCGAUGAGGUACAAGUUCGGGAUAAUACAUUUCACAGAUUCCUGUAUCCGGGACAUGAAUUUGUGAUAACGGUCAAAAAGGUUGGAUAUCAACUUGAUACACCUAGUGUAGUAACUAUAUCUUUGCCUCAGAAAUGAAAUAGGAAAUCUUAUUAAAUAUUUGUUUCACAUUUUAAUAGAAACGGAAAAUUGUCUUACAGAGUAGAGACUGGUUUGACGUACUCAGGAAAAAGUACCAAUUAAAAGAAUGAUUUCAAUAGCACUAUUUUGUCAACUGAAGUUAUGAAAAAUGUUUUAAUUACUUUUAUUUUUAAGUCUAAGUAUAAACGUACAAUUAACACAUUUAUUGUAAGGUGAUUUGUUGUCAUUAUAAAUUAUUUAUUUAAGUCAUAGUCGUAGAAAAGAGUCAUUUUGGAUGUAGAAAAGGUGUUACCUUACCCUUACCUCUACAAGCAAAAGUAAAGGAGUGGAAAAGGUACCACUUAAAAUAACUAUUUCAAUAGCAUUAUUUUGUCAACUGACAUAAUGGGCACUCUUUUAGAAUAUGUGUGAUUAGGAUUACGUGUCAAUUGGUUAUCGAGUGAUUUAAUUAUUUAUUUAUUUUCAAGUCUAAGCAUAAACAUACAAUUAUCACAUUUAUUUUAAGGUGAUUUGUUAUCAUUAAUAAUUGGGCGAAUCAACUUUUUAGCGUCACUCGUUGCCAUGGUUACGAUUAGUUGUCCAGGGGACAAAAGUUCAUUGAAAUACUGAUUUUAUGGUACUUAAAUGUAUCAAACUUGCGUUUUUGUGGUCGUUAUAACCAAUGUCCAUAAUGGGCCCCCUACUAAGCAUGUUAAUAGAACGGCAUACAACGUCUCUUCAAACAAACUGUGCCACUGUUGUCCCUUGGACAACGGGACAGGAUAACAAAACAAAAAAAGUUGAUUCACCCAUUUAUUUAUUUAAUUUAAGUCAUGGUCUUAGUAAUGAGUCAUUUUGGUUGUAGAUGUUACAUCUUCUACAACCAAUAACUUUAUCUUUAGGCGCUAUGAUUUAUUACGUAAGGCGAUUAAGGGGGGAAGGAGGGUCGACCAUUUCUUAUUUUUUCUUACAAGGGAAUGGGAGAUGAUAGUUCCUACUUAAGGUCACAAAAAUACCCAUUAAAAUUAAGUAUAAUUUGAAAAAGUGCGGGCAUACGCGCGAGUGGUAAAGCACGCGCUCAAUUGCGUAUAGGUAUUGGUGCAAUUUUCAUGUAGUCCGUGUAGUCUUUUUUUCUUUAGAUUCUUACGUAAUAAAUAUUAAAUAGGGGAGGAGGUCGGCCUAUUCUUAUUUUUCCUGGGAAGGGGGUUAAAGACUGUCAUAAUUCGUCUUACGCAUACGCGAUACAGAGUGAUUUUGAUGUCGGGUCAUACUGAGAGGUGAAUAUUUAAGUCAUACUGAUCAACUUGUAUCUAUAGUUAGCAUCAAUUGUAGCGGAUGAAACAUCGCUCCAAAAGUAUCUGCCACCCUGGAAUAGUUUUCGUAUAAAUGGGUGAUGAGAAAAAUAAAUUUUGAUGAAUGACCGUACAGAUGUAGUGCAUAAUCUUUUACCAUCGUAUUUUCUCGGAAACGUUCGUAUUUGUCAUGCUACGUCAGUCAACUUCAGUUUUUAUACAGGGACUGACUGAAACAGCAUAGCACCAUUGACAUAUUUUUAAGGACGGGCAAUAAGAAUGGGGCCAGUACAGCGGUGUCACGUACACGAAUUCGAGCCAAUCGUGCAUUUUAACGCCACAACGCGAUUGGUCGCAACUUGUUGCGUUAGACUGCACGAUUGACUCGAAUUCGUGAGUGACACCACUGAACUAGCGCCAUUCUUAGUGCCCGUAAGGCCCGUCUUUAUCCUCCUGAGACCCAGAAGCAAUUGUUUUGUUUUUGAAUUUGGAACCCUUAGUUGCACAAUAAAAGUAGAAAAUAGAUUUAGGAAUAAGUAAAAAAUGUAAUGGUUAAUUUUCAAUUCUAAUUAACUUUCGGCCAACACUGCUAUGGGCACGAGAGUUGAAGUCACGCACACAACAAAAUCAUGUAAUGACGACGAGAUUUAGAAAUUAGUUUUUUUUCGUACGGCGUAGCCAUAGCCUCUUAAGGCCCAGCCAUAGAAAUGAAAAAUCCAAAAUUUGCCACUGGAAUUUGAACCUAUUGUGCACGGAAUACAGUAGAUUUUAUUUUGUUUGAAAAUUGCACGAAACAAAACAAAUGCAACUCUGUCCUAAUUGAAUAUGAUUUAAAUUUCAUCGAACUGAAUAAGUCCUAUAGGUAGGACCUUGGGCCUUACGAGGAUAGCAAGUAGUACCGCCAACUGCAAGAUGUACCAAAAAGUUUCUAAGAUAAAAAAAUUUUUUUAGCUUAAUAUCGUGCGGUUCAGUUACAUUCCCUCAUUCAUUCAAUACUGGUUUUUCGAUUAGCACUCCAUGUAGCUGUGUGUGUCUGUGUGUGUGUGUAAUCAAAUCAAUCAUUCACCUCAACUCUUCUGCCGAUACCUACCUUUGAACAUUUGGCUACAACGUUGAUCUCUUGACAUCUAUUUUAGUUACAUUACUAUUUACUUUUCCGUUGAUCAUAAAAUCUUUUAGGACUUCACCUUUUUUAGUAGGUACAUACAAAUAAUGAUGCCGUGCACUUUGAUAAAAAUGUUCAACAACAUUCCAUUUAAUUACAAAAGAUGGAUAAUUCAACUAUUUUCAUUAGAUACCUAUUACUAAGAAAUUUGAUUAAAAAACUAUUUGAUUUGGA